GGAGCCCAGAGCCGAUGAAUCAACGGGCUCAUACGCUUCGUGACAAACUCGAGUGCCAGGGCUUCUCCUCCGCCCGUUUCGUGACCCGACGGCAAAAAGGGCCCUUUCUGGAGGGUUCUCGGCACCGAUUGAAGGCGAGAGUCGCAUUGGGAGAACCUCUGAGGCCCUGCUGAUGAAGAGGAGGUGAAGCCCGAGCUGUAGCUCACCCACACGCCAUUCCCUGCGGGACAUCGCUGCUCUUCCCUCACCCCAUCCCGCCCCGGAGCCGUCCCCAUGCCGAAAAACAGCAAGGUGACGCAGCGGGAGCACAGCAGCGAGCAUGUCACCGAGUCGGUGGCCGACCUGCUGGCCCACCAGGAGCCCGUGGACUACAAACGCAGCGUCCUCAACGUGACGGGCGAGGCGUGGGACAAGCAGAAGGAGGGUGAUGAYGACCUGGAUGCGGAGAACCGGCCGGCGUGGAACAGCAAGCUGCAGUACAUCCUGGCGCAGAUCGGCUACUCCGUGGGGCUGGGCAACGUCUGGCGCUUCCCCUACCUGUGCCAGAAGAAUGGAGGAGUUGUGGAGACCGAAUGUGAGAGGAGCUCAGCCACCACCUACUUCUGGUACCGGGAGACCCUGGACAUCUCCAACUCCAUCUCGGAGAGYGGGGGGCUCAACUGGAAGAUGACAGUGUGUCUGCUGGUGGCCUGGAGCCUCGUGGGCUUGGCCAUGAUCAAGGGCAUCCAGUCCUCGGGGAAGGUGAUGUACUUCAGCUCCCUCUUCCCGUACCUGGUGCUCGUUUGCUUCCUGGUGCGGGGCCUCCUGCUGCGCGGGGCCGUGGAUGGGAUCAUGCACAUGUUCACGCCCAAGCUGGACAAGAUGCUGGACCCCCAGGUGUGGCGCGAGGCAGCCACGCAGGUUUUCUUCGCCUUGGGCCUGGGUUUUGGGGGGGUCAUUGCCUUCUCCAGCUACAACAAGCAGGACAACAACUGCCACUUCGACGCCACCCUCGUCUCCUUCAUCAACUUCUUCACGUCCGUGCUGGCCACCCUGGUUGUGUUUGCUGUGCUGGGCUUCAAGGCCAACAUCAUGAACGAGAAAUGCGUGGUGGAGAAYGCCGAGAAGAUCUUGGGCUACCUGAACACCAACGUGCUGAGCCACGACCUCAUCCCACCCCACGUCAACUUCUCGCACCUCACUGCCAAGGACUACCACGAGAUGUACAGGGUGAUCAUGACGGUGAAGGAGGGCCACUUCAAAGAGCUGGGCCUGGACGCCUGCCUGCUGGAGGACGAGCUCAACAAGUCGGUGCAAGGGACUGGCCUGGCCUUCAUCGCCUUCACGGAAGCCAUGACCCACUUCCCAGCCUCACCCUUUUGGUCCGUCAUGUUCUUCCUGAUGCUGAUCAACCUGGGCCUGGGGAGCAUGAUCGGGACCAUGUCRGGCAUCACCACGCCCAUCAUCGACACCUUCAAGGUGCGCAAGGAAAUGUUCACNNNNGGAUGCUGCAUCUUCGCCUUUGUGGUGGGGCUGAUCUUUGUGCAGCGCUCUGGGAACUACUUUGUCACCAUGUUUGACGAUUAUUCGGCCACACUGCCGCUCACCGUCGUGGUCAUCCUGGAGAACAUCGCUGUGGCCUGGAUUUACGGCACCAAGAAGUUCAUGCAGGAGCUGACGGAAAUGUUGGGCUUCCGGCCCUACCAGUUCUACUACUACACCUGGAAGUACGUGUCUCCCAUCUGCAUGGCCGUGCUGAUGACYGCCAGCAUCAUCCAGCUGGGGGUCAGCCCCCCGGGAUACAGCGCGUGGAUCAGGGAGGAGGCUGCCGAAAAGUUCCUGUUCUACCCAACCUGGGCCAUGGCCAUCCUCAUCUCCCUGAUCAUCCUGGCRUCCCUCCCUCUGCCCCUGGUCUUCAUCCUCCGGCAGUUCCACCUGGUGUCGGACGGCUCCAACGCCCUCUCCGUCACCUACAAGAAGGGCCGGAUGAUGAAGGACAUCUCCAACUUGGAAGACAACGACGAGACCCGUUUCAUCCUGAGCAAAGUGCCCAGUGAGACGCCGUCCCCCAUGCCCACGCACCGCUCCUACCUGGGCCCCGGCAGCAAUUCCCCCAUGGAAAUGAGCAGCGCUCCCAACGGACGGUACGGGAGCGGCUAYCUGCUGGCCAGCACCCCGGAGUCCGAACUGUGAUGGCUGCCUGCCGGCCACCCCCACCGGGAGAGGAGGAGGAGGGCACUGGGGAGUGGAUCCUGGCUGUCCAGGCAACAGGAAAAUUCAUUACUAAGGAAGACGAAGAAGAAACCCCUCUUAAAAUCGUAAGCAAAGCAGCCAUUUCUGAGACGACGUCGGGAAAGGAGGGAUUGCAGGAGGGGCAGGACUCCUCYGACAACCCUGGGUGGAAAGGCAGAGCCCUGGGCUCAUCUCCGGGGAAGGCAGGAGGAGCAAGAGACGCUGCAAUACCUUUCCAAGAGCUGCUCUCGUGCAGCUCCAGUCUGAAGCAAAGAAUCUCACUUUUCUAAGCAGCUGAUGGUUGGAACAAGGACCUGGCRGCAGGUGGGAAGCCGACCACGCUUCCUCCUGCCACCCAGCGCUCUUCCCUCCCCGUCUGCCGUCCUUUAGCCGGGAGGAGUCAUGGCCUUAUUCCAACGAGCACAAUUAAUCAUCGAUGUUCAUAGCACAAAAAGGUGCUGUUGUCGUCACCAUCGUUGUUGUUGUUGUAUCUCCUGUAGGUUUUUAUAGCUGUGGACACACCCGAAUAACCCUCCCCUCCCCCAAAUUCUGACCAGGGUUGGCAGGGAGCAGAUGUUGGGGUGUGUGAGACAGGGCGUGGUGCAUCCUUGGAAUCUUUGUUGCCACCAGCACAGGGGCAGGGCUGGGAGUCGUUUGGAGGCACUGGGGUGUCACAGCCACGGGGUGGAGUGGCUGGGAUGCUCCGUGGGUUAGUGGUGAUCUCCCUGAGUGGCGGGAGGAUCCCCAGAGCGAUGGUUUGGGUGUGUGAGCCUGGCUGGGGUCUGGGUGGGYUCAGCGUGGUGGAGGUCUCCUGGAGUUACUCCUGACGUGUGGGAUGCUCUGCCGAACCCAAAUCCCUGGCACGGCGAUUGUCUCCUCUCACUGCUCUCUCCAGAUGUGCCAGCUGGACAAGCAGAGGAGCUGUGGGACAUCCAGUCCUACCACACUCCUGGUUUAGCUCUCAGGAAACCACCACUGACCUCCCUYCUUUGUCCCUGCUGGGGUGAUUCUCUCAGUGAUUCUCUGUGGAUGUGCCUCCUCAUUUCUCCUCGUGUCCCCCGUGAUCCAGGGGUGGGCAUUUCCUCCUGUCCCAUCCCACAGGAGCUCACCUGCCUUUGGGUGGGGGUGACCAGCUCCUGGGGACUGCAGACAUCCGAGGAGGACCACAGUGCCAGGUCCCAGGUCACCUCUAGCUCUUGAUCCAGGCUGGGGAGCCCUUGUGAGAGUCCAGGGGCUUCCAUGUGCCCGUCCAUGUUUUUGGGGAAUCAGAUUGAUGUGACCUGAUGUAGUUUCUCCCCAGGUUGUUUAGGAAAGGGUGGGAUCUCCCUGAGUCUCUCCUGCUGGGACUGAGGGUCGUUUCCCUGAAUCCUACAUGUAACCAAGCACUUUUGCCAAGGGCACUGGUGUAAUCUGGCAUCAUACCCCUUUUCCCUGUGGCGACACAGAAGCAGCGGCCUCCUUGUACCCUCUGACCCCUCUGCCACCUCCACAGGCUGGGGGAGCGCCUAAUCCUGGGUCCUGCUGGGCUCGGGUUGUGCAUGAAGGUCUUUCAGGCCACUCAAGGCCACGUUUGUGGUUGUUGGUUCUCUCCUCCACUUUCCUGUCAAUUGUUCUUCUUUCACCUUCAUUCUCCUUUCCCAUGGAGGUGAAGGCAGAAAUCAGCCGGUCAAUUUGCCGCAUCCCUGAUUUCUCAGUAUCCCUGAAGGGGCCAGGAGGUUCCCUCAGUGACAUCUCUUGUGGAUUGUGAUUCUUUAUUCACAGUCUUCUCCACGGGCUUGGCUAGUGACCUGGAGAUUCUUCCUGGACAAUCAGCUCAAGCCCUUCAUUAACCAUUUUUUCCAUGUGGAAAAUGGAGGAAUGGACUGAACCAAAGUUCAGUGAUGGUUCUGUGAGGCACCAGGUCCAUGAGUCAGGA